CUUAAACUAAAAGAACUAAGCUACAGUCUUAAAGACUUCCAACAGUACAUACAAAACUUUUAAAAUUGCUCAACAAAACUGUUAAAAAAGUCUUCAGCUGAUAAGAGCCAAUAAAAAUGUACAAAUCCUACAAGCAGUGCAUUAAAAACUGUUGCUCAACCACCCGCAAUCUAAAACUGUGCAGUUUAGUGCAUUCAAAAGCAGCAAACAACAGUACCCAUAAAACUGUAAACCAGCAAAAAUCAAGGGAAAUUUGAACAAAAAUUACCGUUGGCUCUGCACAGACAAACAAUUAAACAUCUUUGACAUUGAACAAAACAUGGCAUAACCGUAACAAUCAACAAGCAGACACCAAAACUGUGAUCAUGUCGCAACGCUGCUGCUCAAACUGUAACAGCUGUGGAAGCCGCCUUUGGGCUGCGAUUAUUGCGUUUCUUGUGGUGAAUGUGUUGCUGGUGCAUGCAUCGAACCAAAUUGACGUGGAGUCUGAUCUGCGGCACUUGCUGGGACGCUGCCACAGCCAGAGCGAUGAAUACAAUGAUUGCAUGAAGCAGGUUUUUAACGAUCUGCGGGCGUACUUCACAACAGGCAUACCCGACUAUCACAUAAAACCCUUUGAUCCCCAUCAUUCUGACUAUGUGGAGCUGCGGCGUGGCGACGGAUCCCACGGCAUUGGCAGCUUUCGGCUAGUUUUGCGCAAUGUUUCCGAGUACGGUUGGUCCAAGUCCGAGGUGACCAAGUUCCAUGCGGAUGCCGAAGAUCAGCGCAUUGUCUAUGCGCAAUAUUUCCCCGACAAAAGCUUGGAGGGUCAGUACGAGUUCACCGGCAAGGUGCUGGGCACGGAGAUCAAGCGUCGCGGCCCCUGGAAUCUCACACUCUACGAUUACAGUCAAACUACCAGCGUUCUACGCGUGGGCGGGCCAGGAUCUCUGCUCAAAGUGCAUGUGGAGGUCGAUCGCAUUGGCGGCAUGGAACUGCACAUAGGGAAUCUGCUUGGUCAGACGCUCAACUCGCUGGCCGAUGGCGUCAUCAAUAGCAUGUGGCAUCUAGGGCUGCCCUUUGUCAAGCCCAUGAUCAAUGAGCUGGUGAGCACCGCCUUCACGGACAUCUUCAACGAAUCCUUUCGCUACUUUCCCCUCGAGAGUUUCCUCAGCGCCACCUGAUCUGCAUAGUUUUAUACAUACGUGUAAUAUUUAAUGGAAAUCCAUAGAGCAAGGCUAGUUAACUAGUUAAUUAAAUGUUUAAACAUCU